CGCGUGUAUCAGUACGUGCACGUGAACGUGUUUGUGUGUGUGCAAGCUUGCAAAAGAACAGGACAUGGGCGCACAUUGAGAGAGCGGCUCUUUUACUCGGCGUGAUCAUUUCACGCUUCCCCCCGAAGUCUUUUUUCCACCUAAAGCGUUUAGUUGCAGCUGACUGAGCACUUGCAGGGAAUGCAAUAGGGAGCGGAAGGGUCGAAUUAUUUCAACCUACAACUCGCCCCAAAAGUACUGUAGGAAAAAAAAAAGAGAGGGAGUGGAGAAAACAGUGCCAGAGAGCGAGAGAGAGGGGGGUAAGAGAGAGGGAGAGAGAAAGGGAGAGGGGGACACUGGAAAAAAGUUUUUGUUCUUUUCCUUUUUUUCUCCUUUCAUCGCCUCCCCCUGUUCUAACCGGGCAACAUGGACCAGGGUCCCAAGAGUCCUGCACUGCGACUGGGGAGAGCAGGACAUGGCGGAGUGAACCAGCUCGGAGGUGUGUUUGUAAACGGCAGGCCCCUCCCAGAUGUGGUUCGACAGCGAAUAGUGGAGCUCGCCCACCAAGGGGUUCGACCCUGCGACAUCUCACGCCAGCUACGAGUCAGCCAUGGAUGUGUCAGCAAAAUACUGGGCAGGUACUAUGAAACAGGCAGUAUCCGUCCCGGGGUAAUCGGGGGAUCCAAACCAAAGGUUGCUACUCCCAAAGUGGUCGACAAGAUCGCCGAUUACAAACGCCAAAACCCCACCAUGUUUGCCUGGGAGAUCCGGGAUAGGCUCCUGGCCGAGAGAGUGUGUGACAACGACAGCGUCCCAAGUGUCAGCUCCAUCAACAGGAUCAUUCGGACAAAGGUUCAGCAGCCGCCCGGCCAAACAGGCUCAGUGUCGGCUCACAACUUAGCAACGUCCGUGGCGGCAACGCAAGUGUCAGCAGUGACCAGCGACUCAGCCGGCUCCUCGUACUCCAUCAGUGGCAUUCUGGGUAUCAGCUCAGCUGCCGACGUGGGCAAGAGGAAGAGAGACGAAGGUCUGCAGGAGUCACCUCUGGCCAACGGGCACGGCCACAGUGGGCGGGACUUCCUCAGGAAGCAGAUGAGAGGGGAGCUGUUCUCGCCGCAGCAGAUCGAGGUAUUGGACCGCCUGUUUGACAGACCCUCUCCAAUCCAAUCCAGCUCUGACCUCUAUACGUCAGAUUAUUCAGCCAUGGCCUCACUAGCUGGUGGACUGGACGAGAUGAAGAACAGUUUGGCCAAUCCUGGAACAGGAGCGGAGUUAGGAGCCAGCAUGUCAGGUCCACAGUCCUAUUCACUCGUUCCAGGUCGCGACCUAGCCAGCACCACUCUGCCAGGCUACCCUCCUCAUGUUCCUCCCACUGGACAGGGCAGCUACUCCACCCCCUCCCUCACUGGCAUGGUACCUGGGGGAGAUUUUUCCGGAAGUCCAUAUUCCCAUCCCCAGUACUCCACAUACAACGAAUCGUGGAGAUUUCCUAAUCCCAGUUUAUUAGUGUUUCAGCAGGAUUAUGGGUCUCUCCUGGGGACGGAAAUCGGCUGCUCCUCCAGUCUCUUCACCAGCCAGGCAGGACAGAUGCAAGGUUCACCGUAUUACUACAGUGCAACAUCACGGGGGGCGGGCCCUGCUGGCACUGCAACAGCCUCUGCCUACGACCGCCACUGACCCCUCCUACUGAGAGAAGAGGAGGAAGAAGAGAAGGAAACGGGGGAGGGGUGAGGGGACGGAUAGCACCAGCACUGCACAGUACAAACCUGCCGACACACGGACAACAAUGAGGAUGAAGAUUUCAAGUUUUUGACGUCAGUGAAGUUUAAAUUUUCUCUGAUUGACACUUAAGUCAACAAAUGCACUGCUGGGCUGCAACACAGACAAACUGUGUGGGUAUUACAUUACUGUGAGGACACAGGCAUGGCAGUGUCAAUAACUGAUAGAUAUACUGUAGGACUGGUCAGAAGCAAGUGAAUUUGGCCCCUACCACAAUAAAUUAAGGCUUGGCUUCUUGUUUUUAACCAAUUGUCUACAAAUCCAAGAAGUCAGUGGACUGAGUGUGCAGCAGUGAUUGAAACUAUAUUGUGAUCUUUUGGGUAAGAUGUGUUUUCAGGUUGGGAAAAAAUUUUGAGGAAAUUAUUUGAGUUGAUUAAAGCAAAAUCACUUUUUCAGUCUUUAUAGGCCCCGAAAUCAAUCAAACAAUUUUCUAUGCUAUGCUAUGGUGAAGUAAAGACAAUCCAAUUCUCAUAACUUUGAAUGACCAAAAUCCCCCAUAUCAUUAUCAUUCUAGUCUCCUUAGAUUCAACACAUUUUCCCUGGGAUCACAAUGGUAGAUAAAUGGGAUACCAUAACUUUUAAUGGUAGUGUUCAGUUUCACAUAUCACUAAGCCCCGCCCCCAUUAACUACUGUUGCUAUGCCUGUCAAGCUUUCUAUUCUCGCACAGCACAUAUGCAGCCUACAAUGAUACCAGUGGCAGAUUUACCGUCAAAACUGUAGGGGCUUUUGAAACAAUGGAUCCUUUCAGACAGAAGUAGACAAAAACACCAUUAGCCAAUCUGGCCUAUAGUUUAAUCUAUCAUUACACCUUUGCUCCUCUGUUUUUGGUUUUGGAAAAGGCUAGAAGAUUCCGCCCUCCAAUCUCUUUAAAUGUAGAGUAUAUCUCUUACGACAGUCCCAUGCACACUGCUUCAACAUGUGGAGAAAUCCUGAGCUUGACAGGCCAGCCGUGCCUAGUUAUGGUUGCUAAGCUACAAAUGGAUAAUCGCUGUCUGGGGGUGAGGUUUAGCAAACGCUCAAUUUCCAGUGGUUGUUGCCAGUUCCCAAAGUGUAUCACAGAACAUCUAACAUCCACACUUGCAUUUAAAGUGGUUUGAAUGCCACUGACUGACUGACAGACAGACCUUUCAGUAAAAGCACAGCCUAAAACCUGAGCCCUCUACUAUAAAAAUGAACAGUGUACAUGUUCACAUCAGACCAAAAUCAAAUCCACCAGGGAGGGUUAUUGUACAGGAAGGUGCUAUCCAUACCUCCACAGCCAAGAUUUAGUCCUGAUCAAGAGCUAUUUAUAAUGGGAGGAGACAGAGUAAUAUAUUAAGAAGCUUUUCUGCGCUGCGCUCCGUAAUGAGAGUGAAUGCCUGUAAUGAUUUAUAAUAUGUGUCACGCUGUUGUGCUAGAAUAGUGAUGAUGAUGAUGAUGACGAUGCGAUAUGAAAUCUUAAAAAUUUUCAAUAUGAAAAGAAGUCUUUGUUUAUAAAUAUGAUCCGACUGCGAUUUUCCUGUUUAUAGUUUGUUGCCUGGUAUCAGUUGACACAGGUGCCAUUGAAUAAGACGCCAUUUUUAUCUGCUUCCUAAAUACUGAUAAGAAGAACAGGGAAGCAGUGGCACCCUCUCUUUCUCUCUCUCUCUCUCUCUCUCUCUCUCUCUCUCACACACACACACACACACACACACACACACACACACACACACACACACACACACACACACACACACACACACGCUCGCUCUAGCUCUCUUUCUAUUUCUCUCUUUAAACUCCCCAAAGAUGGGCCCCCCCUAGUGGAUCGGCUGACUAACUACAAAAGCACAAAGAGACUCAAUCAUCAUUUAAAGGCGCAAAUUUUACUUUUUUGACUUACUUUUAGAACCAUUACAUACUUCUCCCUUUGCUUUUACUUCUCCCCCUUUUGAGUGCUUGUCCUUGUGCUGUUUGAUAUCCUGAAAUUGUUUCUAUAAAAAGAAAUGCUUUCAUGAAAAAACAAGUGAAACUGUUUUAUUUUUGUUUGUCUCCUACAUUAGUUCUGCGCUGUGACAAUGUAUGACACCAGGGUCGAGGCCUUACCCAUCAUGUACAGAGAGAGUAGGACAGGUUCGCCCUUCAGCGCUGAUCUGAAAUCAGUGUGUUAUCCCUCGCAAAUGUUUGAGGGCCCAGUGUUGACCUUGUGAGAGGGCAAUAUCUUCCUUAACCUGUACGUAGCUUCUCAAUUCUGUCCAUACAAGACUUGUACAGUAAUCAGUGAACAAGAAGAGAAGUCACAAUGUCAAUAGCAAUUUCAAUUAUUCACAUUUAAAUUUAGAUUUUAGUGAUGGAGUUUUUUUAUGAUAAAAAAGACUAAGAGGUGUGUGGUGUUGUUUUAGCCAUCGUCUGCAAGUGUUUACAUAUCUUUCGUUUGUUUGGGGUGUGUGUGGCUGACCGUAGCGCUUCAUUGCUACUGUGUAGUUUUUCUAGCAAACAGAUUGAAGGCACCCAAUCUGCAGCGUGAGACAUAAAAUAUAGCUAUAUAAACAUAUAACUAUAAACACUGAACAAAGCUGUUAGUUUCUCAAUCUUUGUUGUUUCUGGGUUUUAAAAUAGUGAUAGAGUGGAUCAUUUUACAUUUGUAGAACUUAAAAGUUGUGUGUGCACAACUCUAAAGCAGAUUCUUAUGAUGGCUCGUCUGCUGUGCUGCCAGUGUGCACCGUAGCAGGAGCCUUUCCUUAUUUCUGUCUUUCUCUCUUGAUCUUACUGAGGCAUUAUUGAACCUGAACCACACCAGCUGAAAACAAGGACAGUGCCUUUAGUUUUAUAUGUCAACUCCCCCCUGACUGACCACGCAUCACUAAAACAAGUUCAAAUUCAGCGUCCCUCCCUGCAACUCCUUCAACAAAACUCUGCCUAUCAGCCCAUGCGACACAGGUUGGUAGAUUAUGUAAAGCCUUCCACAAAUAAGUAGCAAACAGUAAUUUCAGUGCAAACUCCGGUUGAUAAUUUACAUACUGUACCAAUGGCAACAUUGCAGCUCUGAUAACAGGACCAAGCCCUGAUCCAGCACCCUAUACUUAAUCAUCAUGGACAUUUCAGUCACAGAUUCACUCAUAACAUUUGUAACAGGGAUAGUGUGAAAAUUCUAACUCAUCUGAUGGAAAAUACUCUGAGCAAUUAACAAAUGACGUCAGGUGGCUGGAAAGUAACACAAAUCUAAAUAUAUUCCAAAAAAGGUCUGUUUCAUUAAAGUCGGUAUAAGCAAAUAUAAAAUCAAAGUUGGCACAGGAAUCCGUCCCUGCUCAUCAACUGGAUUUAUUCUAAGCAGUGAAACACUCAUUGCUGCCUCGGUAAAAAUGAGAUUAUAGUUUGAAUUGCGAGUAUUGCUGCAAUAUAGCUUCCAGCCACCAGAGGCAGCACUGAGUUACCCAGUCGAUGAGCUGUAUUGACUUUAAUAGAAGAGUCCUUUCUCUGAUGGAAUAAAUACAUGUUUUUAGCCAUGCAAGUACUUCAUGGAUUGCCAUGAAAUUUUGUGCAAGCAUGAAUAAACUUCGGUUAUCCCCAACUUUUUCUCUAGCAAGUCGAUUUUUUUUUACUUCCAGUGAAUAAAUAUAUCAACAGCUACUACAUGUAUUGACACAAAACUUGGCACACACAUUCAUGAUUCCCUUGACUUUUUCUCUAGUGUUACCAUGAGGUUGGCAUGUGGUUUUAAGUGACUGACUCUUUAUCUCACGCCAUCAUCAGAUCAAAAUUUUAAUUUGUUGAAUAAACUACAACUAAACUAAUAGGCUACUUAACCUAUGCUAAACGAAGAUGGUAAACAUAGUAAACACUAUACCCAUUAGAAUUUUCUUUUUUAAACUACUUUAAAACUUUUUCUUGAUCCACACAAUCCACAAGGUAAUUGGCAGUUGAAAUGUAUCUUUCGCAAAUCCCUCUUUAUAUACACAUAGUACACAGAUGGAAUUUAGUGGGUAGUGCAGGGUAACCAUGGUACGCCACCUCUAGAUCAGUUAGGGGGUUCGGUGCCUUUCUCAAGAGGCAAACUGCUGAACUGGCACCUCUCCAGCUGCCAGUCCGCACUCCAUACUUGGUUCGUACAGGGACUUGAACCCCAAACUGAAGAAAAUGUUGAACGCUUCACAAAUUUGCGUGUCAUCUUUUCGAAGGGGCCAUGCUAAUCUUUGCCAGUGUUAGCAUUUAGCUCAAUGCAUGCAUGCUAGCAUUGCUGUAGACUCUUAGUCUUGUUGUUACUUCAUAGCCAUCUGACGGCGUCCGUCAGAUGUCAAGUUAUUAUUGUCAUUAUUCUUCCAUAAAAAAAUUAUGAGUGAAUCUCUGACUGAAGUUCUGAGAAAUAUCCAUGCAGGACUAGCAUGGCUAAACACAACCCACUGGCUUGACUAGGGGUGAAAAAAGGCACAAAAUAUACAAAAAAGCCAAGUAAGCGACAGACAUUUUACAAGUCUGUUCAUUAAUAUUGCUUUUUUUAUUCACACACGCACACGCGCACACACACGCACGCACGCACGCACGCACACACACACACACACACACACACACACAAUACUGUAAACAUGAAGAAAUAUUGAUUGAAAGCCGUUCUCCUUGAGGAGGUGAAUCCAGUCGUGCCUCCUGUGUCCGCUUGCGAGAAGCUGCAACACCAAACAGGCCAAAUUCGUUCUCCGGUGUAGCCAAGAAUCCAGCCAAACAUUAACAGGAUUAUUUGUUAACUAUGCAUCUCAUGGUGACACAGCCUGCCUUGCCAUUGCUUUGACCUAAUUGGUUCACAUGGGGAGAGAAUGGGUUCUCAUUGGCCCGCAGUCGUUUCAACUGGCAGCCGUGACAUUGACUGCAGCGAUGAGGGGGGACUGUCAUUGUGGGUGGUACUGUAGGAAGCACGGCGGGCAGAGGCCACACACACACACAGACAUACACAUACAAAUACACAUACAAACACACACACACAAAUAUAAGUACAGACACACACUCUGUCCCUCCCUUUGUCCUUUGCGGAGUGGUGAUCGCCCCUCCUCUCAUGCCCCUGUGUUCCCCAGGGGAGCCCAAACCUGCUGUGCCAUCAGAAGCUCAUCCCGUCUUUUUUCUCCUCCCUCAGCCCUAAUCUCAUCAUAUCUCAUGCAUUUGCGCCCACCCCCCACCCUCCGUUCCCCCUUCUCUCCUCCCCUCCAGUACCACUGCCACACCACCAGGAUUAGGAAUAUUAAAACUAUUCUGUUGAUUUCAGGCCUGUGACCUUCCUCAAAAAGUCUGCCCUCUUUCUUCAGACAGCCCUAUUAAUCCCUUUUCCCUCACCUUUUCUUACUUUUCUCUCUAACUAUCCAGACGUGAUGCUCACUGUCCUGUCAGAAAUUCUGCAUAGGAAUGAAGCAGGGUGUUUUGCGCCAAAGCGAGGUCAUUUCAAUGGCAAUAUUGCUGCCGCUAUCUUUAUUUGGCCAAGAAUAUUCUGUGAGAUCGCAUCUAAUAUUUUGUUUUCUCUUCAUGUAUCUGUAAAGCAUUUAAAAACACAAAGAAACACUAGUUUCAAACAAAGAUGUUUCAUUUCCAGCUUUGCUGAAACUGAACUGCCCAUGAAAAUGUGAUUGCAUCCUGCAUUUUUAUCCCAGCUCUAAAUCAAAUAGGAAACUGAAAUAAAUGCAAAUUAGUUAUUUUUUCUUUAUUAUGAUUUCUCACCGAGUGUGCACUCCCUGACUGUAUCUCAAUAUGAAUCCAUGAAGAUUGCUACUGCCUUUGUAAAACCUGAGGGGAUUUCAGCAUCACAUCUUGACAGCAAUUAGUGGCACAAUCUGUUUCAUGCUUGCUGAUAUACCUAGGCUCUGGACAGAUCUCAUACUGAAGUGUUACAAUGUUCUGUACAUCUUAAUAUUAUUCAACUGUGGAAGAGGAGAAAUACACAGGACUCCUACAAAAAUCAACUGUGCUUUUUGAGCAGAUGUUUCAAUCAAAAAAAAAAAAAAAAGAUAACAUGAUUUUUCACCUUACUGUGGCCUUUCGUGUAACAAUCUGGAGUUUUUUUGUGUCCAUGGCUUAAUAUCUGGGGUGUUAAAGAGAUAUUUAUAUCUGUAACAUUUUGGUAUAAAAAAGGAUCAAACAAAAGACAGAAAGACAUACAUACAAAAUUAGGUUUCAACAGUUCAGCUUGCUCUGUUCUUUAAAAUCAAACGUGACAAAAAGAAAACAUAUCUGUAACAUUCACCAAAGCCUGUGAUGCCUGUUUUAAAUAAUAGAUUCUUGUACAAAAAACAUACAAAAUCGCAGAAAAGACUUACAGAUACAAACACAAAACGAAGAUGAGAAAUGCCUUCAAAUAUUCUGGAGGGGAGGAUUUAAAAAAAAGUAAAAGAAAUGUUUCUUUAAGAAAAUGUGUAUGUUUUUUAUUCGAUUUUCUAGUAGUUGCAAACAAAACUUGGUGUUUUUUCCUCUUUGUGUGUUGUGUGUUGUCUUAAUAUUUGAAUGUAUUUUACUGCAGUGCGAAUUUGCCAAAGAUAUCAUAUCACUUGAUUUCUCUCCUUUUUUUGUUUAUUUUAUUUUUCCUGAAUUGUGACCAAUUUUGUUCAGAAAACUAGAAAUAAAUGGUGAAUUUGAUAUUAUGCUUAUUUUUCAUAUUUCUAUUGUUAAUAUUAUUUUUAUUUUAUUUCCUGAGUUUGAGUUUACUGUGUAAUAUUAAAUUACAGUUUGCUUGAUGCAUCUCUUCAUACUCAGUCUGUGUACCUGUCCAUCUGUCCACCUGAGUGACUGUUGUUGGUGAAUUAUUCCAUAUAUGUACCUGUAAUGUGAAGCUAAGAAGUAAUUAUUUGUAAAUAUUUGCCAUAAUUUUAUUGGUCCUUCAGAAUAAAAAAUAAUUUUUUGGAA